GAUGUCAUUACACACUCGGAAUUCGUUCUCUCUAGUCUCCGUCUUUUCCUUCCCUCCUACACCCCAUUCCUUAAGACUCCUCCCCACCCUUUCCCCCUAAAGUUACCUGCCUGAAGCCUGUUAAAGAUUGUGGCAUUACCAGGUGCCUCAGAGAGCUUCAAGUUCUUUUUUGGAGAAAUGUCUUCUGAGUCAGAAAAGGGUAAAGAGAGACUGAUUCAAGCUGCUAAAAUACUCUUCUUCCACAUACGAGAUCUGGUUUCCUUCAUAAAUAAGUUCGUUGAAUUGUUUAACCUCACAAUGAAGACUCAGAUCCUCCAGAUGGAUCUGAAAGAAGAUAGCUACAUUAAAGAUUUCUUUGAACAAAUGAUUAAAAUUUUUAAAGAGAUGCAGUUGAUGUUUGAUGCAAAGCACAAACAAAUGCAAAAGGAGCCUUUAUGUUCCAAGGUGGUGACUGCUGUGACCUCUGCAGUGGAGAAAUGUGCCAACGCGGGUCCACACCACACAGCUAAAGAAAUGCUCAAAAAUAUCCAGACACCAGCUUUUGCCUCUGUGCUGAACAGUAGUCACAUCCUUGGGAAUCUAGAAUCUGCUCUUUCGCUCCUGAUACAGUUCCCCAUCAUGAGUCUUCGAUUACGUGACUUCUACAGUGAAGAGACCAAAGAGCAGCCAGGUGCUACCACAUCUGAGAAAAGUCCAGAACAUCCCAAGGCCACUUCAGAGGAUGCCUUGAGGAAGCUGCAAGAUGCCCUAAGAACUGAUAAUGCCCACAAGUCAGUAGAAGCAGCCGCAGAUGAACUGGAACUGUUUGUCAAGACUAUGGAGCCAACCUUACAGGUCCUCCAGAAAACCAUAAAGACCAUAGAAGGGGAUAUCUCCACAUCUAGGGAAGCCGAGGCCAAGUAGAGGUACGGUGGAAGAUGUGUUCCUUUCUGUCUGAAAUCAACUUGAGUUCUCUAAUUUUUUUUUUUUUGUGGUGCUUUGUACAUUCCGUUAAUGCUAUAUAUGCAGUUUGUUAGAACUUAAAUGUAGAGAAUCAUCCCUUGACAAACCACUUACCUGUAGCUCUGAUUUGUUACAAUAAAAAGGCCUAACCAAAGAAA